UCUUAAACCCUAUAAACCUUUUCCCUCCCUCUCAUGAACACACUCCUCUGCCUCUCUUCUUCCCUAAACCAAAUCUCUUCAACGCCAGAGAUAUAUGAAAUCUUCUUUCGAAUUUUGAUGCUGUGGAGAUGAUUCGUCCUCCUGGCGGUUCUUCACAACAGUUACCCAAUACAUCUCUCGCGAAUUCCGGCAAUGGGUUUCAAAAUCAGGCCCCCUUCUGCAAUCCCAACCCCCACUUGAACAAUCUCCAUGGAAACCCUGUUCCCAACAUGCCACCUCCCAUGUUUCAGCCGGGAUUGAUGAUGAAUUUGCAAAACCCUCUCAUGGGGUUGCCUAAUAAUCCUCUUUGUGCUUCCCCUUUUGCCCCGGGCCAUGUGGGUUUUGCAAAUUCUGCUGCUAAUUAUCCAGCUCAGGGGCAGUUCAAUUUGGUGCCGAAUGUGAAUCAGAUGAAUAUGAACACUUGUUUGCCUCUAGCGCAGUUUUUUGGGCAGAACAUGCCGAAUUUGGUUCAGCAAUUGGGUCAGAAUAUGGGUUUAAAUAAUGGGCAAUUUUGUUUACCCUUUCAAAAUAUGAAUCAACAUGUAAUUCCUGGACAGAUGAUGAAUAUGUCGCAAGUUCCUUCUCAUACUUCGUAUGGUGGUCCAAAUCAACAAGCUAUUCCAAUGCCUUUUCAGAAUCCUGGCUUCUCUACAAUCCAGCCUUUUGGUGUCAAUCAGGCAAUGCACCCUGUUAACCAAAAUCCCCAAAACUUCACUCCACAAGCAAUGGGUGGUGCUGGAUCAAAUCAAUUGCCGGCUUCAGCUCAACCGUUGCAGGGGAAUUCGACCAUGCUGUUAAACUCUUCGACUCAACCACAACAAGCUAGGAACCUGCAGUCACCUGCUUUUGUUGGGUCACAGGGUAAUUCUUCAAUAAGUGAUGGUGGAAAUGGAUCAAAUUCAUUUUCGAAUAAUUUAGCUCACAGGAAUUUCACGAGGAACUCAAAAAAAGGAUUUCAGAAGAAUCAAAAUCAUCAUAUGAAAAAUGAGAAGAAAAAGUUUGGGUUUCCUGGCGGACAGAAGGGGAAAGGUUUUCACAAUGAGAGGAGGAACAAAUUUGGUGACGCUAACUCCACAGAUCAAGUGAAAGACCAGAAGAGAUCUCUCUCUUUGGUCUAUACGGAUCAAGAAAUUCGGCAAUGGCGUGAAGCACGCCGGAAGAAUUAUCCAUCAUCAACCAACGUACAGAAGAAACUCACUGAAAAGCAAACUGACUGCACAUUGGUUGAUAAGGAAGCUCAGCUUUUGCGAAAAGAACUCAAAGAGAUUUUAGCAAAGCAGGCUGAAUUAGGAGUUGAAGUUGCAGAAAUACCACCAGAGUAUCUCUCAUAUUCAGAGAAACACAACAAUCGAAAACACCGUAGAGAUCCAUCGACAUUAGGAGAGGAAGGCAAAGGAGCCUCGGUAGGGAAAGAAAAAUCUCGAAACAGGUUCAACAAGAGGGGAAGACCCGAGAAAAAGAAUCGUUCGAGAAAGAAGGGAAAAUCAGAGAAGCAUUUGUCAAACAAGCCGCAAUUAAAGAAGAGAGAGCCAACAUUAUUGCAGAAGCUCUUGCAAGCAGAUGUGAGGAGAGAAAAAAGCCAGUUGUUACAAGCUUUGAGAUUCAUGGUGAUGAAUUCUUUCUUCAAAGAAUGGCCGAAUAAACCCUUGAAGUUUCCUUCUGUCAUGGUCAAAGAGAACGCAGAUGAGAUUAAUAUGGUUGAUGAGAAUUCUCUGUCUAUUGGGAACUUCAAUCUCCAAGAGACAAACAAUUCAGUGGUUGAAAACAAUGGUAGUCAUGAGAUUGACAGCGAUAACGAAAAUGACGAUGAUGACAGAGACAACAAUGAGAAGUUCAAAGGAGAUGAAAUACAGGUACUCGAAGAGGAAGGAGAAAUUAUUGAUUGAAGUCGAGCCUCUAUCGCGAGCUCCGGUUUCCUUUGGAGUACUAUGAAAAGAUGUGAGUUGUUUUUCUAGGUGCAGGUUCCAAAGAUAGAUAGAAACUUGUAUUGUGCUUAAGUUUAGCAGCACAUAACAAUUAAAAGGAAAGUACAAGUCUCUUUUCUUGGGGAUGCUCAAUGAAUCCAAACUCAUUAUUCUUAUUCCCUCUCUCUCCUUUGGUUGGUUGAAUCUAAUCUUAGUAGCUCUCCUCUUUUGGUC